AUGAGUUCGACCUCCUCCUCGUCGGGGGCUCGUCGACCGAUUGCCAGACGAGUGGGGCGCCCUCCAAUCAACCCGGUCUCCUCGGCCAACUCCACGACAACCACUAGAACUGGCAAAACGCGGAGCGAGAGCUCUGUGGAAACAUCUAGUACUGAAGUCAGUCGCAGUUCCACUCCUCGACCCAGAAAGCGGCUGAGGAAUGGUCCAACUCUCAUAAAGAGUCCGCCGAAGAAACGGGGACGCCCACGACAGCGGAAACGUCUGGCCAAGGAGCCGAUUCGAUUGUUCGAGGAGGAGGAAGAGGUUGAUGAAGAAGAUGAUGUGGAAAGUGUGGAUAGCAUGGAAGGAAUGGACCCUAGUUGGGAGCCCGCAAUCUUGAAGGCCUAUUGGAGGGCAAGAGAAGCUUUUGAGAGGAUUUUGGCAACUGAAGCGACGGUAAGGUUUUAAAUUUUGUUGUUCUUGGUUUAGAUGGAAGAUAAGUCAAAAUGGAUAUAAAUCCUUGGGAAUUGAUGUGCAAACAGUAAGGAUUGCCAAUUUUAGAGUGCUCUGGACGAUGCUGUGGAAUGCAAACGCAAAUGGAGCAGAGGAACUUUUGAUAAUAAGCCUCUGCCCAAGUUUCACAUUCCUCGGAACGAAAAGAAGAAGUUGACGGCGAUAUAUAUGGAGAAGAUCGAACCGCUCCCGCCGAUGGUCUUCUGGACUCUCACUGAAAUGAAUAUUAGGGUAAGUUCGGCUUCUAAUUGGUGAUUUUCUCUUUCAAUUGUGACUUCUUUUUUGUUCGACCGGCUGUCACGAAACUCAAAUUAAUCGUUCUCUUUCAGGCCGAAGAUGAGUACACUCUUUCUCAUGUCCCUUACAUGGGCGAUGACAUCGAUGAACAUGAACUGACACAGGAAUUAAUGGAGUGUUUCCCCGAUGGAAUUCAUGGAACUCGAGUUGGAUGUGGCGAAUACACCAACGAUUUUAUUUUGUAUUAUACUGUGAAAUACUCUGUGGAGUCAAUUAAUGACAUCCGUAAGUGAGAGAUCAUGGAUUUAUGAGGGGUUUGGGAGACUUUCCCUGAUGUUCAGGGACUUCGUGGUGGGAGUCAAAAAAAAAUUUUUUAUGCGGGUCGAAUAAAUCGGGAAUAGAAAAAAAAUAUAUAAGAAGCCCUAAGGGUAUUUAGACAGCGUUACGAGACUGAUUUGGGUAUAUCUAACCAUUAAGUUAUGGGUCCCACCACGAAAUCCCUGAAAAUCAGGGAACUCUCCUAAAAGUGUUCGGAAAUGCCAUUUUGAUGCCUCAUAUGAACUAAUAGCGUAGUAAAUUUAGCAUACAACAAACUUCUCCGUCUGAUCUACGAGCUGUUCCCCAACAAAUGCCAGAAAAAUGAGCUGGAAGAAGUUUAUCCCGAUCUCAGAGCAAGAUUCGAAAAACACCUCAUUCGCGACCCAAUGCCAUGCGAUGAAAACGGAUUACAGAAGAAUAAUGUGACUCCAGAAUCUUUGCUCCACAGCUAUCAAGUUCUCCAAUGCUAUAAAUGCACCCUGUACGAUUGUCCCCAUCAUUCUGGUAAGUGGGGUGAAAAUUGAUAUAUUUUUGGGUGCGUUAGGGGUUGGAAUGGCCGCAAAAUUAAAGUAAAACCAAUAUUAAGGUGUGUAGCUAAGCGUGUUCACGGUAUUUGCUAGGAUUUUUGAGAAUUUGUCGAUUUUUUUAUAUAAUUCCAAAAAUUUUAGGUGAUUUUGAUGUAAAAUACGGCCAAUUUAUGUAUUUUUUCUGUAAGAUUAAGGAUCCUGGAUUCAUAGAGAUUAUUUCAUUUGAUAGCAUGAUAAAAAUUUAUUGAAACAUCGAACUUUUUCUAAUUUUAGGUAAAAAAUGUCUAAAAUAAGGUAAAAAUCUAUUUUUUGCCUCAAAAUUGUGCACAAAAUUAUGCUUGAUCGAUAACAAAAUACAUUUAAGGCCACUUCCUCGACGAAACAGCUCAAGCCUCGGUGAUCCGACGUCGCGACGACCGCAAUUUCCAUUACACACCCGAGCCUUGUAAUGGCCAAUGUUACCUGUCCAAACGGGCGUCUCUCUCCCCGGACAAGCGCACAAAUCACCGCCAACUCAAAAUCAACACGAAACAAGUGUCGUGGAGCCCACAUGAGGAGUCAAUGAUGGCACUCAUCAAGUCGGUUGGCAUCACCGACUGCUGUCUGAUCGCUCGAGCGCUGCAAAUUGAACCCGGACAACAGCCAAAAACCUGUAAUGACGUCUAUGAAUACUUCCGGAGACAGUCUCCGAUCUCACCGACGAUCAAUGUGGUCAGGGAAACGGUGAAAAGGUGAGAUUUGAAAAAUGAAGCUGGGUCCCGCAACGAAAAUUUUGGAAGUGGAAAAUAUGGGAUAAAUAAAAGGGAAAUGAACGUAUUGUUGUGGGAAAAGACUCGAGAUGAAAUAAGUGUGGUGUUUUUUGAUAAUUGGCUUGAAAAUUUUGGGUACCGCCACGAAAACCCUGAAAAUAAGGGGAGCACUCCGGAACCGUUCAAAGUUACUGUAGAUUGUUUGGAAUUGCUGUAGUACAGUGCGGGACAGGAUCCACUGGUCAAAAGUGCUUCUGAUUGCAUCCGGGAGGCAUUCCAAAUACAACGAAAUGCUUCCCUCUCUGACCAAAAAUAGCGUCCUUCUGAAGAGAGAGAGCAAGAAAGUUGCCCUUUUGGAAAGACCAAAGGGGAGACAGUUCCCCCUCUUUUCUUUCCAAAAGGGAAACUUUCUCGUUCACUCUUGAGAAUAACGCUAUUUGCGGUCAGAGAGGGAGGUAUUUAGUGGUAUUCUGAAUGCCUCCCGGAUGCAAUCAGAAGCAGUUUUGACCACUGGAUCCUGUUCCGCACUGUACUACAGCAAUUCCAAACAAUCUACGGUAAUUUUUAACAGCUUCGGAGUGCUUCGCUUAUUUUCAGGGUUUUCGUGGCGGGACCCAAAAAUUUCAAGCAAAUCAUGAAAAAUCACCACACUUAUUUCAUCCCCAGUCCUUUCCCACAACAAUAAGUCAGUCCAUUUCCCUCUUGUUUAUCCCAUAUCUUCCACUUCAAAAAUUUUCGUUGCGGGACCCAGCACCGUUUUUUGAACACCGCACUGUGUUGUUAGAAAUUGAUUAUAUUGACAAAGUUUCUAUAGAAAACGAAGCGAAAUUCAUCGCAAAUUCCGAGCGAUGAAGUGGUCCGCUGAUGGAGAAGUGAAAAACAAGUACGCUUACAUCCCAUGCUCCCACGAUGGACCCUGCACCGAAGAGACUUGCUCCUGCUAUUCCAGAGACAAGAUUUGCACAAAGUAUUGCAAAUGUUUCCACAAUGAAUGCAAAAUUCAAUUCCCGGGAUGCAGAUGCAACCCCGGGAAUUGUCGCACAAGACAAUGCCCGUGCUAUUAUGCAUCCUGGGAGUGCGAUCCGGACUUGUGCAAGAAUUGUAGAUGUGGUGAGAUUUUUUUGGGAUUUUUCGGAAUUUUUGGAAAGUUUUUUGGGUUUUUGUGGAGUUUACAGUUGUUUUAGAGGCUUAAAAUAGCGUUGAAUUUAAUUUUGGUGCGUAAUUUUACAUAAAAUUGGUUUCAGAACCCGACGAUCAAGGUCUUCCCAACGAAAAAUGCAAAAACAUCUGCUUCCAACGAGGCCUCCAAAAGAAACUCUCAGUGCGACCGUCGCAAGUCGCCGGAUGGGGAUGUUUCGCCGACGAACCCAUGAAUCGUCAUGACUUUAUCUCCGAGUACUGCGGAGAGAUUGUGUCGGUGGCGGAGAGCGAACGCAGAGGAAAAAUUUAUGAUAAAACAAAGUGCAGCUAUCUUUUUGGUAGGUUUUGGACGAUUUGGAAAAUUUUUUGGGAGUGAGAAGAGGGUUUUUAUGAUAAUGGAGGGAUCAGGGAGCAAUUUGGGCGAUUUUUGGCAACUUUCCCUGAUUUUCAGGGGUUUCGUGGUGGGACCCAAAAUUUUUUGGUUUUUUGACGGAAUUGUAAAAUGUGGGCUAGUAGUAGUAAGAUUGGUUCAUUAAGGUAACAGAAACUGAUUUUCAAGGUAUUUUUAGAAAUAAUUUAUAUUGUACUAGGUAAAAUAAUACAUCAAUUUUUUUUUCCAGAACUAAACCAAGACUUCCAAGUCGACGCCACUCGAAAAGGCAACCUCAUCCGCUUCGCCAAUCACUCCUCCAACCCCAAUUGCUACGCAAAAGUUGUGGUCGUGAACACGGACCACAGAAUCGGCAUCUUCGCCUCGAGAUUCAUCGAAAAGGGCGAGGAAUUGUUCUUCGAUUAUGCCUACAGCAAGAACCAUCAACUCGCUUUCCUGAGCAAAGAACUCGACAAGAACCAUCAGGUUGUAACCAUGACUGAAAAGACUCUCAAAGACAAGAAAAAGAAGAAACAAUGA